CGAAACCCAACUUCCAUACCCUCAUACCUCUCUUUAAUUCUCUCAAAGUUUGAAGCUUUUUCCCUUUUCCUCUUUUUGGGUUCUUAGUAUUAGGGAUUUUGGAGUGACCCAUUUUAGUGAAAAUUACAGUUUUUGUUGGCUAAAAUAUUGAAAACCCUUGAAUGACCAUAUUAUCCUUUCUAAAUCCUUUCAAGAUUACUAUUAUUGUUGUAUUAUCCUUUGGGGUUUUGGGCGAUCGUCAUCCCAACCACGACUGGGCUGCAGCCGCCAUUGCUUCUUUGGGCAUUUAUUGUAAUUUAAAUGGAAAUUAUGGAACACAAGAGUUUGGUAUCCCACUUGACUCAGGGGAAGCAACUCGCCAUUCAACUCAAAACCCAUUUUCACCCUUCUUCUUCCCCUGAACAAGCUUGCCUUUUCUUGACUGAAAUGAUCCAUUCUUCUUUUGAGAAAGCACUUAAUCUGCUUUCUUCUAAUUCAAUUUUACCAAAUCAUCAAAUUGCUUUGCUGGAUGAACAACAACAACAACAACAAGUAGAAGUAGAAGAAUCAUCCAAUAAGAACAAGAGGAAAAUCAGUAGCAAAAGAGAUGUGUUGAAGAAGAGAAAAUUGCUGCCUAGAUGGACUGAGGAAGUUAAGGUUUGCAAUGGAACUGCUCCUGAAGGCCCUCUAAAUGAUGGUUAUAGUUGGAGAAAGUAUGGUCAAAAAGAUAUUCAUGGUGCUAAUUUCCCAAGAUGUUAUUAUAGAUGUACACAUAGAAAUGUACGAGGAUGUUUGGCAACAAAGCAAGUCCAAAAAUCGGACAAUGAUCCAAACAUUUUCGAGGUAACAUACAGAGGAAGACACACAUGUAACCAAUCCUCUAAUUUAGGAUCGGCUUCCAUUUCAUCUCAAAAUCAAAUCUCUGAAGAAACCAAUCAAAUUCAACAAGAUUCUGAAAUUUGGUUCAAUUUCGGAGAAAACAAUUUCAAUCUCAAAACAGAAGAUUUUGACAAUGUUUUUUCAUCAUUUUCCUUUUCCCACGAGCCGAUUGUGGACCCAACUUUUAUUGCCGGCGGCGGCUUGUCUGCAGUGGCAGUUUCGCCAGCGGCGUCGAAUACGGCCUGGGAUUGGAACGCCUACGGUGGCGAAGACGACGGAGGACUACAGAGAGUUCAGUCGUCGGAGCAAUCAGACGUGACAGAGAUAAUCUCGGCGACAACUUCGGUGACAAAUUCGCCAAUUUGUAAUGGGGAUUGGGAUUUCUCGCUUGAUAACAUUGAUUUUGACCAGAAUUUCCCCUUUGACUGUCUAGAUUUCACCUCUUGAUUUUUUCUUUCUUUUUUUGGUAUUUUGUACUAUUUUUUCUUUGUUAGUAUUUAUUUUUUUUCCUCCAUAUAUGAUUGGAGAUUUUUAGUUUUCCUAGUUAUUCUUCCCGCAUGUAAGAAUAACUUUGAGAAGUGCGGCGAUUCAUUAUCUAUGUAGUUUAAAGCUUUUUUUCUUGUUCUUUUUUUGUUUGUAAUGUAGUUAUUGCAUUUUUUUUAAAAGAAACUUAAUGAUUUAUUGAAUAAUAUUUUUAGUGAUGUAAA